AUGUCUUAUUUUCACGCGCUCCGCAACCGAUUACACCGCUCGCACAGCAAGGACUCGUCGCUGUCCUGCUGCGGCAAACGCGCGAUCCAGAAUAUAGUGUUUCGAGGCCCUGUCUUCGCCGUCCUUCUCGCGCUAUGGCUGCUCUCGGGCGUGGCCUUCGCGGCGUGGCUCUGCUACUCGACGCACGCGACGUACCUCGGCGAUCGCUACCGCCGCCUCGACACGUGGUGCUACGAGCGCGCCAAGCUCUUCGAGCAACACACGCUCACCACCGUCAGCCAGAUACGGACUCUGGCGGGGCUGGUGUCGGUGAUGGGCAAGCCAAGGGGCCAUGGCAACUGGACGUGGGACAGGUGUCUCACGGAGCAGCGCUGGGCCGCCUAUCUUAACAACACCAGCUACUCCCGACCCGGCAACACGGGCGCCAUGGUCUGCCUCUUCGUUACAGAUGCAGAGAGGCCUGCCUUUGAGCGGUUCUACGGCGGCCCCAUUCUCGACUUCAGCAUGUCGCCGCGGCAGCAGCAGCCUCUGUACUGCCCCAGGCUGCUAGAGGUGCACUCGUAUUGGAAACCCCAUCUGCUAGUGGACCUCAUGCAGCGCGGCGGUGACGAGCUCGCCUUCCUGCGCAGGACGGGAGACAACAUCUUCACCCGUGUCAUGCCCGUCGGAAACGUGUCCCUCAACCUCACCGGCUUCACCAUCGGGUUCCCCAUCUUGCAGCAUGCGCUGCCACCGAAUCCCACGGAGCAGCAGGCGGAGGAGGCGGUGCUGGGAGCAGCUGGGGCGAAUGUGGACGUCGUGAUGAUCGCCCGCAAUGUGCUGCAAAACGUGUUCGCACCAGACCCCAGCAUCACAUUCGAGGUGUAUGAUACCACGGACCCUCAAGGCCUCACAAUGAUCUACGGCCCGGGCCCACGCCUCGUGUACUACCGCGAGCAUGACAUGCUUCCCAUCACCGACAUCUCGCCCCCCAAUGUCACGCGCCCCUGGGAGGAGCGCUCUGUGGUGCCGCUCGACCUGCUUGGGGGCCGCCUGCGGCGCUACCAAGUGUGGUGCCGCUACGUCGAGGCGCCAAGCGCAUGGCUCUCCUGGUGUGUGCCGUUCCUGUGGGCGGCACUUGCUCUCGUGGUGACGGCACUGAUAGCAGCUGUGGCGUGGCAGCAGCGGGUGGGGUACGUGCGCAGCGAGGAGAGCAUGGCAGCGGCGGACCAGUUGAGAGCGAAGGCGAGGGCAGCGGAGCGCUCGAAGAGCUCGUUUGUGGCGUCCAUGUCGCACGAGCUGCGCACGCCCAUGCUCGGCAUCGUGGGGCUGCUCUCUCGAGGACCGCCGCCUCUCUGCCGCCCAGCUGCAGGACGUGCGUGGAUCCGACUCACCGUAUCGCUCUCCUCUUAUGUUGUUGACUGUGUGGCAGGCAUGGUGGACACGGGAGUGCCUGCAGUGCUUCACAUGGACACCAUGCGACUCGCUCAGGCGCUCAAAGAGCUCAUAGUGCCGCCCUGCCCUCCCUUUCCUCCAUUCCCCCCCCGUCCCCCCCACACCAUUCACUCCCCCCACUCCACUCACUCCACUCAUUUCACUCACCCCUCCCACUCCACUAACCAUUACCGUGUUUCUACCUUUCUCUCCAUUGAUGCAUACGCCCCGCCCCACCCCUCUCCCCCUCCUCCUCCGCCUCGCCGCCCCUGGUUCGUCUCCUGGUUGGCCUACCUCCACUUGCAGCUGGGUCGGCUCUUCAGUGCAGCCACUGCGACGUGCUGGGGGGAGCAGGAGCCGCCAGAUGAGGGUGAUGAUGGUGAUGAGGAUUCCUCACAACUUGCCAUGCUGGGAGAGGAGGAGCAAGAGGGGGAGGCGAGUGGCGAGGGUGAAGGAGACGGUGAAGGGGACGAUGCCAGGUGGAGCAGCGGUGGAGAGGAGAUGCAGCUGGUGCUGUCGUGUGCCGACACGGGCUGUGGGUUUAACUCCACGGGGGAGGAGCUCUCAGAGUUCAAGGGGCGAUCGGAGAGUGGAGGAGCAGGCCUGGGGCUUGUGCUCGGGCACCAGCUGGUGGCCCUCAUGGGCGGUCGCGUUGCCUGCCUCUCCCACCCCGGCACCGGCUCCACCGUCGCUUUCUCCGUGCCCUUAGCCCGAACCCGCUGCUCCCCACCCCCUGCUUCCCCUGCUCCCCCCACUACUGCUCCUGCUGCUGCCACUACUCCUGCUGCUGAGGCAUUCGGGAGAGAGGAGGGCGGGACAGAAGAGCGGGGCGUGAGGUCGGCAGGGAAGGGAUGGAGAUGUGGCCUGUGGUUGGGGGGUAAGGGCGGGCGUGGCAGCAGAUUCAUGAGGUGGAGCUGCCUGCAACUGUUGGAUGCUCGGCAGGCGGGCAGUGCCAUGCAGGGCAGGCGGGAGAAUGAGCCGUGCAGAGCGGAGGCGGGGGGGCAUGCAGGGUGCACGAGGGGCGUUGGGGGAGUGGCUGUGGGCGUGGUGGGGCCGGAAGGCAGCACGAGGGAGAAGCGCCUCAAGCCCCUUGUCACUCCGCUGCUGUUGCGCCUUUUCCCAUUGCUCACGGCGCUCAUGCUGGCGGGUCUCGGAGCACACGUGCACUUGCUGCCCCGCCCUUUGGAUUGCCCGCACGCUGCUGACGCCCGUGUUGCUGAGGGGGGGUCAAGCAAUGCGGAGGGGAGCUGCGAGGAUGCAGCGAGGGCACAGGGGGAGGCGGAGGAGAUGAGAGAUGGCGCGUGCAGAGAGAGUGGCUUGUGUGGUCAGACGGACGGAGGGAUCAGGGAGGACGGGGGAGAGGGAGGUGGUGCUGGCGAGAGAAGGGAUGGAGAAGAGGGUAGGGAGGGGAUGCCAUGCGUGGUGGUGGUGAAUGAGGAGGACCUGUGGUGGCAGCGGGGCGGCCGAGCAGCAGCAGACAUGCGCUGGGUCAGGGACAGUGAGGCUGCCACGAAGCAGGAGGAUUCCCAGUGUCGGCGGACCGGGCAGCAGGGUGGGCAGGAGGGUGGGGGCAGAGGGGCGGGUGUGGUGGCGCUGGCGCCGGGGGAGGCUGCAGCAUGGCAGGCAGCAGCAGUGGGGCUUGUGAGGCGCUGCAUGGCAGCACACAGGGGUGGGGGGAGAGCUGCGCUGGGUGGAGGAAGAUGGGUAGACGGGGAAGAAACGAACGAAGAGGGAGUGGGGGGAGGGGAUGGAUGGGCAGGGAGGGGGAGAGGGGUGAGCCCCACAGCAGAGAGGCAACCUUGCUGGGAUAGGGUGGCAGGGAUCGUCAUUCUCGCUGCGUACACUGCUGGAUCCAGAAGGGACGAGGAAGAGGGAGGGGGUGAGGGGGAGUGGGAGAAUAGGGGGAACGGGGGAGAUGAGGGUGACGAGGUGGAGGAGAGAAAAACUGCAGGAGGAGGAGAGGAGGAGGAUGAGGCGUGCAAUGAUGAGGGAGGGGCAGGGAGCAUUGGGAGACCAGGACAGGCAUCCCCCGGCCGCUGCACCGCCCCUUUAGCCUCGUCAUUACCUGGCACUGCGUCUGGCAGUGCUACUUCUGCUACUGCUGCUCCCCGUGUGGUGGUGUGUUGCCGCCCGCUGCUCUCCCACCGCCUGCACCACGCCGUCCAGAUAGCAGCAUUUGGAGUGGGUUCCAAUAAUGCAUGGCACGGCAGUACAGGGUGCAAAUGGCAGGAUAGCCCUGAGCCUGCCCGGCAAUCACAGCAGGGCAGGCCACAGGAGAGUGGUAAGGAGAGGUCAGAGCAGCCAAGCUCAGGCAGACAUUGGAAUGAAGAGAAGGGCAAUGGGCCGCAGCAGGGUGGCAGCAGCAGGGAUGAGACUGGGGUUGAUGCAGGGUGCGGCGAGGCCCGGCAGGGUGGCAGUGUUCGGGGUGAGAUGCGUGGGUGUGGUUUUGAGAACAUGAGUGCGCGUACAGUGGUGGUGAGGAGCGUGAGUGAGCAUGGUGCAAGCCUGGCAGGAGCUCAGCCUUCUAGCUGCAUGGCAAGUCGGAGGGCAGGAGCAGCGGGGGCACUGGAAGCGGCAGCCGGAGCGCCAGGAGGGGGGGCAGGGGCGGCAGGGGGGGUGGUGGCGGGGUGGCGCGUGCUGGUGGUGGACGACACGGCAGUGAACCUGCUGGUGGCCCGCCGCACUCUCACCCGCUGCGGCGCCACCGUCAGCACGGCGGGCAGCGGGGAGGAGGCGGUGCGGCGUGUGGCGGCGGCUGUGAGUGCGGCAAGCGAUGGCGCGGCAAGCGAUGGCAGCGCUGAGCUGGAUGUGGUGCUCAUGGACCUGCAGAUGCCCGCCAUGGACGGGUUUAUGACAACAGAGGCGAUACGCGAGCUCGAGAAGGCUGCAGGUCACACCCCAUCAUCUCGAGAAGAAGGAACUGACGGUGGUGCAGAAACAGGCUCGCAGGGUGGUGCUCCCUCGCACCCAUUGCCUCCAGUCACCACGCUGACACGAGUGCCCAUACUGGCUCUCACAGCAGAUGUGGAUGCUCACAUCACGCGGCGAUGCCUUGCCAGUGGCUUUGAUGGCAUUCUGCAGAAGCCCAUUGACCCCAAGCAGCUCGCCAAUCUAAUGCUACGGAUAGAAAUGCCUCCCCGAUUGGGACCCCUACGAGCAAUUUCACAUCCGACAACAUUGUCGUCGUUUGCAGCACCGACAUUUGGAUCCCAUUGA